AUGGUUCCAGAACUGCAAUGUGGAAUCUGCAAAAAGAACUUUGACAACCUGGAAGUAUCUCCAUCGCAAACGGCACUUUCUGGAUCCAACAAUUCGUCUCUCGAUGAGGGCUUCAAUGAUCUUCUGAAUAUCUACCAGCCAGCUCCGCCGGUUGUUAGGUCUUUCUGGCCUAGGAAAAUGCCUUUUAGAGACCUAUCACUCAACCGAAAGUAUGUCCUUGUCAACCUCAGCAGUUACCCACGCAUGAUGCUUCCAGAGAGCAAAGACAGUGCUCCACCCUUUGUGCAUUCACAAUCCUUGGUCAAGAAUCUUCUCGACCGCAAGUUCGAGUCUGACUCGCUGGCCCGCUGCGCGGGAAUAGUCGCCAUGUGGUCGGUCAAAAACAAGGAUAACAGUGUUUAUAUCUGGAGAGCAAUACGGUCUGAGCAGGAACGGAUUUUCCAACAGUGCUAUGACUACGACGAUUGGGAAUUGGUGGCUGCCCUCCAAGCCAUGUGCAUCUACUGCAUCUUGCGAAUCCUAGAGAAAGACGAGACCGUAACGGACUUUGACAUCCCGUUGAUAGUAACUAUGACGAAAGUCGCGAGACGAGUAGGCGCUCAACCAGCCAUUCACAUUCGAUCAGAAAAGAGUUUACUGCCACGUUGGGAACAGUGGAUCAUUGGCGAGUCAGUACGGCGGACUGUUUUCAUAAUAUUUAUAAUAAGCUCGCUUUUCGACGUAUCCGUGGGCCUAGAUCACCAAGCUUGUGGCAGCGCAGGGUAUCUCGCUGAGAUGCCUCUCCCGAGCACGAAGAGCAUGUGGAAUUCUAGCACAGAAGCGGAUUGGACGCAGGAAUAUAUGCUGAGUCCAGUCCAGUCAGACCUCGACCAGCUUCUCCUAUUUCGCGACCUUUUAUCUCAACCAAAUUACAACGACGAGAAUAAUAUAUCCGAAGGCGGAUGGAUGCUGGAUUACUGGCUCACCAAUGUGGAUGAAAUGGGGACUCUGGUCGUUACUGCUGCAAAGUUCUCUGGAAAUGCGUUCUCCAACUGA